GUGUGUUUUCUUUCCGUUAGUGCGUAUAUCAAAAUUAAAUGUUUGGUCCUUAUUGACACUAUUAUCUAUUACUACCUACACAAAAAGAAAAAAGAAAACGUAGUUUAACCAUAAAUACUGUUACAAGAGAAAAGUUAUUUUUUUAUUACAUAACACAUUUAUGAGAACACUUUUACUGGUGGUAGGACCUCUUGUGAGUUCGCACGGGCAGGUAACACCGCCCUGCCUAUUUCUGCCGUGAAGCAGUAAUGCGUUUCGGUUUGAAGGUUGAGGCAGCCGUUGUAACUGUCGUCCGGGCGAUUCCGUCGGUCAGACGUAUAUAGGUCGCUUCGACAAUCGAAAAUAAUAAAAACGAGCGCCCGCCUCCGCGACGCGUGGAUUUCGUAAAAAAAAAGCUCCAAAUCACCAACACCUCAAAAAUAACAUACCCUUUUAAAUAUUCAUUCAUGACUCGUCGUAGGACAUCUUAUGAGUCCGCACGGAUACUUCCGCCCCGCCUAUUUCUACCGUGAAGCAGCAAUGCGUUUCGGUUUGAAGGGUGGGGUAGCCGUUGUAACUAACUAUACUGAGACCUUAGAACUAUAUAUCAAGGUGGGUGGCGCAUUUACGUUGUAGAUGUCUAUGGGCUCCGGUAACCACUUAACAUCAGGUGGGCUGUGAGCUCGUCCAACUGUCAAGCCAUAAAAAAAAUGUGAAGUCGUACAUCUACAAAUUUUAUUUCUUGUUCUCAACAAACAUUGUAAUGUUAAUUAACGAACGUAUAGAUCACAAGCUAUUCACGUAUGAGACUAUCGGUUCUGUUUAGAAAUAGCGCAUCGAGAGUUCUUUAAAGGUAACAUAAGUAGAUGUUUCGCCAUUUAGCGACUCAGUUGGGAGUUCGUAAUUUACAACGUCUUUCUUCAGCACGUACUACUAACUAUAAACUACUUUUACAGCACAACAGAGGAUUGGGUAUUUACUGCAAUGUUAACGAGUCUUUUUAUUAAACAAAAACAGUAUAUGCAUGAACUAGCGCAUAUGAGUAUGUUAUUAUAAAUUGGCAUAGUCACAGCCCACUGAGUUUCUCACCGGACAUUCUUAGUCGAUCGCGUUUCCGAUCUAGUGGUAGAUUCUGCGAAGCAUUGCUUUUCCUAGGGUUAGUGUUAGCAACGCCUACAGGUUAGAGCCCCGUGAGCUCACCUCGCUCGGUGAAUCUAGUAUAACCCCUCGAGGUCACUAGAAUAGGUAGGAGAGAAAAAUGCAAUUUGACCUAUGCAUAUGUAGUGGAUUUAUUUGUGACAUUAUAGUGACGCUGUAUAUAGUAUUCGUGAAGCAAAGAAAUUUUUAACAGAAAUCUCCAAACGCUUCAAGGAGGUUACACAUGAUGCUAAGGCUGGCUGGUACUUUGCACAGAGAGUGAGUCUGGCUGUCCAACGAGGCAACGUAGCCAGUAUCUUGGGGACUGUGCCUCCUUCAAGCGCAUUGGAAGAUCUGUUCUACUGUGUGGGUUGAGUUAUGUAAAAUUAUUUUGAUUUCACUUUUUGUUAAUAAAUGAAAAAAAAAAAAAAAAAAAAAAAAAAAAAAAAAAAAAAAAAAAAAAAAAAAAAAAAAAAAAAAAUUUUUCGUUAAAUAUUAUUAAUUUCAAUGAAUAUUAUAUUCAAAUUAACAUUUUAGGCUAUUAUAAUUGUUAAGAAAGUUUUUCUUUUGAAUAGGCAGCGUCACGAGGGAAUUAAAAAGAGUUCGUAAAAAUAGUAUUUUUUUAAGUGUCAACCGAACUGACGAAGUUUAUUUCGGUGGAACUGAGCUAAGCAAACUGAUUAGUUUCUAUUUUAUCAUACGUCACUAUAGCUUCUAUAUGCCCCACCCUCCAAACCGAAACGCAUUACUGCUUCACCGCAGAAAUGGGCGGGGUGUGGUACUUACCCGUGCGGAUUCACAAGGGGUCCUACCACCAGUAAGGCUUGGGGGAAAACAUUUUGACUAAAGAAGCGAUAUUGGAAACAAAAUGCCACGUAUUCAAAACUAUAUAAAUGGAGAGAGAGAUUUUUUUCUUUCUAUCGUCUUUCAUUGGUUAGUCCAAGAAAGAAGUUAACUUAAAUUAAAUUACGAAAUUCCACCAGAGUAAGUCAAUAAGAGAGAGACAAAGAUUCCCUUUUUUCAUCAGCAUUUCACUUUAACACGCUAUCUACGGCAGUUUGAACAUAAUGCGUAUUUCCCGAUAUAUCUGCUGAUAAUCUUAUAUUAAAAUCAAAUCAACUAAGUAUUUUAAAAUGUAACAUCGCAACCUAGCAAAUUAUUUUUACUUUAAUUUUGUAGAUCUCAUCAUGAUUGUCUGAAUGAGAUUGCUGGUAGCGAUAAUGCAUUACAUUUGAAUGUUGUUCGCGACGGACAUGAAUGAAUAUAGUAGAAUAGAUAUUAUUCGCGACGGACAUAGAUAGUUUUUAAAAUAGAUAGAAAACAUAGUAAAUAUAUAAUAGAAAUGUCCGUAAUAAAUAGUUAUGUUAAAAAUAAGUUAACAUAAAAUAGAGAAUAAAUAGUUAUAAUAGAGAAUGUCCGUGAUAGACAGUAUGUUAAAAAAUAGUUAGCAUACAAACGUAGAUAUAAGUAAAUUUGUAAAUGAUAUUUUGUAAAUAAAGAUUGGUCCUCGUGGUCUUUAAUUUGGCGUGGGAACGCAGGAGCGAGUCACAAUACGGGCGACUAAUAGAGCGACUAGGCAAACAAUAGGCGAGCGAGGCGGCCGAGAGAACAAUAGACGCCCACCGUGCUCGGACUCAUAAUAGCGCUGGCCGAGUGCGUGUGGGCGACCAUAAAUAGGGGGCCUACCUCGCUGCAAAUUCCGUUCGAGACAGCGAGCCGACGAGUCAAGACCUCUCCAGAAGAAGAGGAGAGAGCCGUCGCACAAGAAAAGACUCGCUCCUACGCCCUGCGCCGGUCAAGCCACGAGGACCGUGUGAACGCCAUACUGAAGCCUUCGUUAUUUUCCUCGAACCAAUCCCAGCACCCGUUCCGCGACAGCCACUGCGGCAAUACUCGAGCCACCACGUUUGCCACGAGUAAGAAGUCUAAAAAUCACACGUGGUGGCCGAAACCUGAGCGGUGGCCGUCCGGAAUAUUGGUCCUUCGAGAACCGGAUUCAUUUGAGGAAGAUCGAAGAAAAUUGAAGAUUGAAGAUUGAAGAAAUGGUGCUCACACGGUCCGAGAAGAUGAGGUCGUCACGCCUUGACCGGCCCGGCAACGAAGCUGUCUCGGGCUCAACAUCACAAGACGCACAGCAACGAGCUGUGUCGGCCGCGCCGCGUUCGGGAGUGACGCAGGGACCGCCACCGAUGGCGGCAACCUCCUCCCAGUCAACCGCGCCGCGUUCGGGAGUGACGCAGGGACCGCCACCGAUGGCGGCACCCUCCUCCCAAGUGGAAAAGUGUCCGGGAGUGCCGCGGGGCUCACAAGCGAUGCCCCCCUCCCGCCAAAUAUUGCCUACGCAAUACUCGCCGGCGUCGCCAACGGGACCGAACAGCGGGGUCUGUCGUCGAGUGGUCAGACCUCCCAGCACCGCGACACCGGCAACAACUUCAGGCGACGCAGCAACGGAGAGCGUCGUAUCCGCGAGCCAGAACAAGAAGGAGUCAGCGCUCGCGGCCAAUCAAAUAGUACACGGGUCCCACAUCACGGACGCCGCUGCCAAAAUCUCGACGACAGAAGAAGGCUCCACACUCCGCGACGGGAUGGCGCCACCAGUUCGAGGAACUUCGAGAAAGUCGAGUCAACAGUCACAACGGCUGUUGCUUAUGGCGCGCCUCAAGGAAGAGCAUCUUCGCGCCAAAGAAGAACAAGCCCGACUCCAAGCAGAGCUCGCCGCCGCCCGCAUCUCAACGUUAGAAGCCGAAGCGCUCGUUGAAGAGGAGGAAGAUGCGCGCACAACACUCACGGAGGACGAGAACGAGCAAACACAGCGCGUCGAUACAUGGCUCAGUCAGCAACGAUCGAUCGCGCUACAGGGAGUCGAAGAAAGAGUAAUGCAGUCAACACACGGAUCACCAGCCACCAUCGAGCAACCGCAACUGGAACUUCCCGCACCAAUAGAACAGCUGAAGCUACCGGCCCCUGCCGCGGCACCGAUUGCCGUACCUGUCGCACCAAAGAGCGACAUCGCCGAACUAGCAGCUGCCAUCGCGACGGCCGCCCGCCAAGCCAGGCCCGGACCAUCGCAUCGGUACUACGGGGAGCUUCCAGUGUAUAGUGGAUCGCACCAAGAAUGGCUCUCCUUCAAGGUCGCCUACGCCGAAUCAGCGGACAGCUUCAGCGCCGCAGAGAAUACUGCGAGACUUCGGCGUACGUUGAGAGGAAGAGCAAGAGAAGCGGUCGAAAACUUGUUGCUGCAUUACACCGAGCCCGCCGAGAUCAUGCGGACUCUAGAAUCGCGCUUCGGACGUCCAGAAGCAAUCGCCGCAACGGAGCUGGAACGACUGCGCGCGCUGCCACGCUGCACGGACACACCGAGGGACAUCUGCGUAUUCGCGAACAAGGUGAACAACGUCGUCGCCGCUCUGAGGGCCCUCGACCGCGUACAUUACAUGUACAACCCGGAGCUCACCAACAUCACAUCAGAGAAGCUGCCGUCCACUCUACGCCACCGCUGGUUCGAAUUCUCAGCGACUCAACCGGCGGGAGAACCGGACCUCGUCAAGCUGUCGCGCUUCCUGCAACGCGAGGCGGACCUGUGCAGCCCAUACGCACAGCCGGAGCCAGAGACGAGAGUGGAGAACACCAGCGGUCGGCGGAAGAUGGUGAAUACGCCUCAGAGGACGCACACCACGCAAGCGAAGGAAGAGAGGAAAUGCGCAGCAUGUCAGAAGCCGGGGCACAUCCCACAAGAUUGUCCCGAAUUCAAGAGAGCAGCCGUCAGCGAGCGCUGGGAUACGGCGAAGCGCGAAAAUUUGUGUUUCCGGUGCCUACGGUUCCGGUCCCGGGGACACGUGUGUAAAAAGAAGAAGUGCGGCGUCGACAGCUGUGAACGCACGCACCACGAGCUGUUGCAUAAGAAGCCAGCAUGGCAGAAGCCGAAAGAAAAAGAAGAGGCGGUCACCUCGACGUGGGCCGCAAGAAGUGCGACAGCCUACCUGAAGAUGGCGCCGAUUACUGUUAUCGGACCGGCGGGAGAAGCAGAUACAUGGGCCCUGCUGGACGACGGGUCAACGAUCUCGCUGAUUGACGAAGACUUCGCGAGACGAGUGGGCGCCAAAGGACCGAUCGAACCCCUCUUCAUCACUGCCAUCGGGGACAACAAGAUAGACGCAACACGCUCACGACGCGUCCCGCUGAAGCUAUGCGGACGCACGGGGGAACCGCAAGAACUGAACCUACGGACAGUCAACGGCUUAAAAUUAACACCACAGCGACUGAACAUCGAAGUCCUCGCGUCGUGCCAUCACCUCACCGACCUCCGGCAUCACUUCAAAACGAGCUACGCCUCGCCGAAGAUACUGAUCGGCCAAGACAACUGGCACCUGCUGGUGACGGAGGAGAUGCGGACGGGACGACGCGAUCAACCAGUGGCGUCUCGUACUCCGCUCGGGUGGGUUGUGCACGGAGCACGCCCGGGAGGCAAGAGACAGCGCGUCAACUUCGUGGGACACGCGACGACGGUCGACACGAACAUGGACGAAGCCCUCAGGCACUACUUCGCGAUCGAGGGACUCACCGUCGCCGCCGAAGACACCGAAGAACGACCCAGACGAGCACGCGCUGAAGAUCCUGCGAGAGACCACUCAACAGCAACCCGACGGCCGCUACGAGACCGCACUGCUGUGGCGUGAGGAGGGCCUGAAGAUGCCCAACAAUUUUGAAGCCGCACUGAACCGCCUGACGUCCGUAGAAAAGAAACUGGAGAAGGAUCCAAAUUUGAAAGAGCGCUACAAGCAACAAGUGAACGCGCUGGUAGCAAAAGGAUACGCCGAAGUAACUCCGUCGACGGGUACGAAGAAGCGAACCCGGUACUUGCCACACUUCGACGUGACACACCCAAUGAAGCAGGAGAAGCUUCGCAUCGUGCACGACGCCGAUGCGAAAAAUAGAGGGAAGAAGCCCAAACGACUUCCUGCUCACCGACCCGGACCUGCUGCAGUCGCUGCCCGGAGCGAUGAUGCGCUUCAGGCAGCACGCCGUUACCGUCUCCACGGACAUCGCGGAGAUGUUCAUCCAGAUAGGCGUCCGAAGCGAGGACCGCGACGCGCUCCGGUACUUGUGGAGGGAGAACCCUUCACGAGAACCUAUAGAAUACCGGAUGAGGUCCAUCGUCUUUGGCGCGACAAGCUCGCCUGCAACCACCAUCUGCGUGAAGAACCGACUGCAGUACCCGGACGCCGCCGACCUCAAGCUCCACACGUACGUGGACACGAGCAAGUACGCCCACGACGCCGCGUUGUACUGGCGCGUGGAGACGCCCGACGGGGAGAUGAGGACCUCCCUCGCCAAAGCCCGAGUCGCACCCAUGAAGCCAACAUCGAUACUGCGUCUCGAGCUACAAGCCGACGUGAUGGGAAGCCGCAUGGCCGCGGCCGUCACGGAAGAACACUAUAGAAAGCCAGACACGAGUGUUCUGGACUGACAGCGCCACCAUAGAGGAAAACAGCACUGUGGAGGAAUGGCGCUGGGUCCCCACAAAGGAAAA